GCGCUUGGCUUCGAAGCCGAAGAAAUCAAACCAAUUGUUUACUAAUUACUUUAAAUUUGUAUAGCCAGGCGCUAAAUUUGUAAAAUUAAGUUUCUCUGAAUAAUUUAAAAGUUUUUUUCCUCCAGAUUUUCGCUCAAGCGCUCCCCGGGUUUGCCAUGUUAAAAUGAAGAAGUUUAAAACAAAAGGAGAAUUGAAAUCUGUUGGAUUAGGGUAUUCUCAACCUAGCACAGAAGAGGAAUUAAAGAGCUACAACUGCAAUUUGUGUAGUAAGAGUUUUAAAAGUAGAAGUGCUUUAGAUGAACAUGAUUUGACUCAUACCAAGACUGGGUUCUCCUGUACUGUUUGUAAAAAGAAGUUUAAAAACUCCUCCCAGCUCUCCUACCAUGAAAUGUACCACACUGAUGCUGAAAGAGAGAGUGUGAAAGAUGAGCUUGACAGUUCUCUAUCUGAACCUGGAGAGAAAAUUAGAAAUAAUGUGAAACUUACUUCUAAACCUUCAAGCAGCACUGAGAAAGCUAAACCUAUUGAGAAAGCUAAACCUAUCGAGAAAACUAAUUCUUUCGAGAAAGCCAAACCUGUUGAGAAAACUAAACCAACCGAGAAAGCUAAACCCAUUGAGAAAGCUAAACCUAUUGAGAAAGCUAAACCUAUUGAGAAAGCUAAACCUAUUGAGAAAGCUAAACCUACCGAGAAAGCUAAACCAAUUGAGAAAGCUAAGCCAACCGAGAAAGCUAAACCCACCGAGAAACCUAAACCAACCGAGAAAGCUAAACCCAUUGAAAUAGCUGAAUCCCUCAACAAAAGCAAUCAUUAUGAGAAAGUCAAAACGGUGGAUAAAACAAAAACCAAACCUCUUGAGAACAACAAACAUCCGCCAAACUCUGAAGAAAAUGCGGGGAAAAGUUUGACUAAUCACAAACAAGAUAAGAGUACAGCAUCAAUAGCACCCUCUACACCUGAACAUAAGGUGGUGAAACAGAAGGUAUCCUGUGACAAAUGCAAGAAGAAGUUCUCAGACGCGAUGACUCUAGAAUAUCACAAGAUAUCCUUCCAUGCCAGCUCAAUGGUGGUCAAACCUAAAUCCAGCAAUAGCAAAUCCGUAGACAGGUUAGGACGAACCACACCAAAGUCUAGAGAAUUUGUUGACGACUCGUCCGAUAGUGAGGACGAUCCAAGUCCUCCUAAGGGAAGAAAUAGUCCGUCUAAGCGGACGAAAGAUGCUCCUAAGGUUCCCGUAAAAAGAGCUCGGAGAGACGAAUCAAGCUCAGAGGAUGAGAAAGAAAAAACGCCUGUAAUUAAGCAGACUGACAAGAAAACAGUGCGGCCUCCACCUUUUGCGCGCGUUGUCGUAACGGCCAAGAAUCGUGCGCAUCAGGACAGUGAAGAUUCGAGCUCAGAGGACGAGAUAAACUCCACUAGAUCGAAUACAGUGAAGAAAGUCAUCAAUAAGAACUUGUCUCCAGCAGUUGUAACUGGAGAUGAUGUAUCCAAGAGUCCAAAUUCUAAGAUUCCCUGUGAAAAGUGUGGACGGGUGUUAAACAAUCAAUUUGUUCAUGCUUAUCACAUAGCCAGAUGUAUUGGAGAGGCUGUCCCGAAAAGUCCAUUGAACUCGACCGGAAAUUCAGACAAAUCCCGCAGUAAACAUGAAAAGGACAACAAAGACAAAAAAACUUCAAACAAUCCGGUGAAUAAGUCCACAGAAACGGAUAAAUCUAGAAAAAUGGCGCGAAAGCCGGUUUCACACCACGUGGAUGAUACCGGAAGUGAGAGCGAGGAUGAGAAACCGGUUCGGAAGAGUAGAAAGACUGUGCCAAAGUACAAAUCUUCCUCCGAGGAAGAAGAAGAAGAAAACGACGACGAUGAUGCCGAAGACGAAGAGGAAGAAGAAGAAGAAGAAAAAGUGAGAGAAAAUCCGUCUAAACUAGACGGAGGUCAAGUACCUGAUAAACAUGAUAAACAACAUUCUUUUCAUUCCAAGUUCUCUACUUCAGGGUUCACUGAAGUAUCUCAGGCGGAUCUUUUUAGAGAAAACCUGCUCUCUAAUAAAGGUUCUAAGGCAAAUUGUAAGUUUUGUGGAAAACAGUUUAAGAAUUCUGUUAUUCUUCAGCAUCAUAAUAUAUACUGUAAUAUGCCCAAGGUUGAGAAAUCAAAACCUAAACCCAUUCUUGCAAAACCUAAACUUAUCACCACCCCUCAACAAUCCAAACCCCAAGCCACACUUCACUUCUCCCGAGCCCAGGAACCGGUCACAUUAAGCCCUUGCCUUUCCAACUCCAGUCCCCGUCCGACCGAUCUUGUCGAACGAUCGAUCAUUAAAAAUAGAUCGUCCCAGUCUCCUGUUGAUCUGAUUCUAAAGAAGUUGACCGGUGCUACCAGUGAUGCCAGCGAAAAGGAUGACUCUGUUGACCUCAAACAUACAAAAGAUGGGGCCAAAGAGAACUGUAAGGAUGAGGCCAAAGAUAACCUCAAGGAAAAGGCCAAAGAGAACCUCAAGGAAAAGGCCAAAAUGUUCAACAUCUCUGAAACUGAAAGCUGGGUCAAUAACAUCCAGAGAAUGCCGGUAAAAUAUGAUGAAAAGGAAGAAGAUUCCGGGGAAGAUGAAGAGAAGAUGGAGGAGAAGGAGAAGAAGAUAGAGAAGAUUGAUAGGAUUGAGAGAAGGGCAAAAGUAACGAAACUUGAGGAUAAAUCUGAAGAUGAAGAAGAUGAAGAAGAUGAGGAGGAUAUUGUUGAAGCAGUGAAAGAGGAAGAUCAGGAUAGAUUAGUGGAGAAUAGGAUAUCCAUCUAUACCAGUUCUGAGGAAGAGAAUGGAGACCAGACCUCAGAUUCUGGAGCCAAGCGACCUGCCAUGCAUCCGAAUUCCCGCCAUGGAGUGGAAAUCCUGGAAGAAGACAUGAAAAGGAAAAAACGCGCGAAAAAAGAGAAGAAAGCCAAAAAAGCUAAGAAAAAGGCGAAGAAGGCAAAGAAGAGACGGAGCAGCUCCGACAGUGGGUCGGAGGAGGAUGAAGAGGAGGAGAAGAAGAAGAAAAAGAAAUCCCGGUUUGCUGUUGAUCAAACAGAAUCUGAAGAUAGUACAAAUUCCUCAUCUGAAGUAAAAAGUUGGAAAAAGAGCGAUCCAUGUAAGAAGCCUGCUCCAAAGCAACUGACUAAAAAACCGGUUGUAAAGAAACCAGUUGCUAAGAAACCGGCGGCAAAACAGUCCGCCACCAAGCAGACAACUGCCGCUAAGAAGAAGAAGAAUCCUAAUUAUUGUCUGUGUGAUAAACCUGAAACUAUGGAGAUGAUAGGAUGUGAUUACUGUGACAUGUGGUAUCAUCCAGAGUGCCUUGGACUGGAUGAAAUCCAGACGAAUGAGUUAACUGAGACUAGUUCCUGGAUGUGCCCGGAGUGUAUGGAAAAGAAAGCUCCAGGAGUAAAAAGUGUUGGAGGUCAGAGGGGUUCUGGUAGUAAAGGCGUGGCAGCAGUAGGGGGGCGAGGCAGUACCGCUGGGCGUAACGGUGUGAGCUACAAUUCAGAUUCAGAUUCUGAUUCCGACUAUUGAACCUGGCUGAACACGAGUCU